AUGGCCGGAGGAUGGGGUGUCCUGAUGCUCCUGCUCGCCCUGCUGGCCCUGCAGGACACGAAGGCUGUGAAAGUGGGGAAUGUGAUCACCCAGGUUGACUUAUACCAGCGGGCUGAGACGCUGCAGCAGGAGGGUGGGCAGUUCGUGUUCGACUUCAAUGGAGACGAGAUGUUCCAUGUGGAUCUGGAGAAGGCAGAGACCCUCUGGCGCCUACCUGAGUUCGCGGAGUUCACCAGCUUCGAGGCCCAGGGAGCUCUGCAGAACAUGGAUGUAAUGAAACAGAACAUGGAGGUCGCCAUUGAGAGGAGAACCCGCUCCCAGGGGACGAUCGAGCCACCUGAGGUUACAGUGUUCUCUGAGGAUCCAGUGGAGCUGGGCGAUCCCAACGUUCUCAUCUGCUACGUGGACAAGUUCUGGCCAUCUGUCAUCAACAUCACAUGGCUGAAGAACGGGCAGGAGGUGGUGGACGGCAUCUUCGAGACCGUUUACCUCCUACGGGACUACCGCACCUACCGCAAGUUCUCCUACCUGCCCUUC